AUGUUUAACCUGGUAGUCUUAAUUGACUUAAAAAAAGCAUUUGAUACUGUCGACCAUCAAAUAUUAUUGAAAAAAUUAGAGCUUUAUGGAAUAAAAGGACAAGCUCUGUCUUUUCUAGAAUCAUAUCUCUCAAAUAGAAACCAAAAAUGCCAAAUACAAGGAUCUGUUUCAUCAGAGAAAUUGAUCAAAUGUGGCGUACCACAAGGCUAUAUUUUAGGGCCCCUAUUUUUUCUGUUAUAUAUUAACGAUUUGCCUCAAUGCCUGGAUAAAACAAAACCUCGGUUGUUUGCUGACGAUACGAACCUGACAGUUUCUGGAAACUCUAUUACUGAUCUUGAAACUGCAGUGAAUUCUGAUUUGGAAAAACUUAGGAAAUGGCUAAUUGCCAAUAAACUUAGUCUAAAUGUUGCUAAGACUGAGUUUAUGUUAAUUGGUUCAAAACAAAUGAUAAAAAAUAUUUCAAAUUUGCAACUAAAUGUGAAAAUUGAAAACGAGUCAAUUAAACAAGUUUAUGAAUCCAAAACUCUUGGAGUGACAAUUGACCAGCAUUUAUCUUGGAAAACUAACACUGAGAAUAUUUGCAAGAAAAUUACAUCUGGAAUAUCGGCUCUUAGAC